GCGGAAUUAAUUAUUGUUUAUUUUCUGUUUAUUGUGCGGUAGAUUCUCCACACCGAAAUGUCUCAGGAAGAGACUGUUCAGACCCCAGUUGAGGGCCAGAGUGUUGAGCAGCUCCCUGACCCUCGUACCAGGGCUCAGGUUGAGCAGAGACGACAACUGUUGUCUGGACGGCUCAACAUUCUGGCCACUGAACUGCACGACGCCGGUGCAGAGGCUGAGUCACAUGUGAGGGCCCAGUUUGAUCUGCGGAAAGCCCAGGCAGACCUGGAUGCAGCUCAAACUGGCACCGACCUAUUGAAGAUACAAGAGUUCAUUAUCCAGUGCCGUAAAGCACUGGAUACGCACAUCUGUCAGCAGUUCGAAGACAUAGCAAAUGGCAGAAAUGCCAAAAAUUAUGUGGUGGUCACGGAACAGACGAUUGAUGAGAACAUCCGCCAAUUGGAAGAAGCUCUUGAAAAAGAGAAAACGCGCAAGGCGGAAAUGCUAAAGAAGAAAGAACAAGAUGAACAGCAAGCAAAACGAGAACAAGAAGUCAGACAGCAUGUGGUAACUGUGUCAGGGGAAGAACAGGUUGUGGCACUGAACCAACUGGUUGAGUACCUUGCUCACUUGGAGACAAGGCUCGACCAUUUUGAAGCAAAGUUGGAAGAAUUGACCGUAGGAUUGAAGAAUGUGACUAACUUGGUCAAAGGAAAGGAAAAAGAGGUUCGGAAGGAACAACCUGUGAAGAAACUAAUGGGUGAUGCUAUGAAAGAUCUCAGGGUCGAAGUAAAGAAGGGGGAACCAUCUGGGCCUCCUCCACCGACGGCACCAUCAGGUCCCCCAUCCAGUCCUCACCCAUCAGGAGGAAAGAAAGAUAAAGAAGAGAAAAGUGAGAAGCCAAAGAAGAAGGAAAAGGUAAAGAUGAAAUUGUCUUUCACGUUCAGUAAUAAGAAGGAUGAAAACUUAUUACUGUGGAUUGCAGAAAUACAGACCUACGUCGGGACGACCCCCGUGGAAGAAGAAUCACAGGUCGCCUUCUCCACGUCGUGUCUCGGAGGGGAGGCCAAAGAGUGGGUUCUGGCCGAAGCUAACGCAGCCGGAUUCGAUGAUAUUGGCAAGUGGGCCGGUACGAUAACCCUGAAACAGUUCCUGGACAAGAUCCGGGAACGUUUCCUUGACAAGACAACGGCUGAUAAGGCCUUCGAUCAGCUCACUACCAUAUGUCAGAAACAUUGGACGUCUGUGGAAGCAUUGUCCCGUGAGGUCGACCGAUUGCUGCAAGUACCGGGCUUAAAUCUGCAGGAUGAUCAGGUCUUGUAUAUUUAUGCCCGGGCCUUACCUGAACCUAUAAGAGGUCAGUUAGUGGUCGAGUCAAAGUCGGGUAAGUACAAGUACCGGCAAUUUCGUGAUUUGGCUCUCCAGAGAGAGCAAAUGACUUCUCAAGUUAAACAAUCAUAUGCAUCUAUGGUGAAAUCUGGUGGUGCAGGUGCAGGUGCGAGAUACGGUAAGCGAGUCCUUUGGCGCCAAAAGCGUCAGGACCACAUGCUUGUCGUUUUCGACGACGACACAGUGGAGAAGCUACCGUUAGAAGAAGGAGUUCCUAGCAGCAGUGAGUCCGGAAAGGGGGACGUCACUGUUGUCGUGGUCAACAAAGGAGGACCACAAGGUCCGUAUCGAGGGAGGAAACCACGCUCGUUUCCUGCGCACCCAGGUAUCGCGACAUUCAAGCCGUGGGAGAAAAUGGAGAUUGACCAAAAGACCUGUCAGGAUAGGAUGGACAAUGCGCAGUGUUUAAAGUCUGGAAAGGAGGGACACAUCAUUGCAUGGUGUCCACUCAUCCAACACCCAAAAGCGAGCCGCCAGUAGGAGUAGCAUCUGCUCCUACUGAGUUGAAGAAGUCAGACGAUGAGAAAGGAACAGAUUCGACAAGGCUAUGCUAAUGAUCCUAUCUCGAAACCCAUCAUUGACCUUGUCACUAAGGAUCCUGCCCUGUUACCCAAGUAUAAGAUGACAAAUGAAUUGCUUUUCUUGAU